CGUACAUCUACAUCAUACACUAUACUCCAUGAUUACGGGUGCAACGUAACACGUGUUGGGUCGGGUACGUUUAUUUAAAGAGAAAGAAGACGUAGUUGAGUUUCGCGCACUAGAGAGACACGGGAUUUUCGUCACUGACUUAUUGUAGCUGCAUUAGUGGGAUAUACAAAUUAUACAGUCGCGACAAAAUUAUUCAAAGUUUGGCAAGCAAGACGCCAGCAAUACACGCCAGAAACAUAGAUCUUGAAGAAUUCAAGCGCUGCAACGGUGCAGAAGGGCUCUAUGUGCUCCACCGUGACUUGGGCAAAUGGUACUUUAGUUUCCAAGAGCUUACUACUGUGGUAUCGCGAGAGGUGCACCCGAUCGACCUGUAAUUUGGACAUACGACAGCGACAAGAUGCUCAACGAGAUCAGGGCGGCGGUACUGUUCUUAGUAAAGCUGAUCGAAAAAAGCGAAAAAUUUAGUCCCGAUCAAUUAGAAUGCUUCAAGCGGCACUUGGUCGAACUGCUGACGGAACGCUUUAAAAAUCACUGGUUUCCCGACAAGCCGUUCAAAGGUCAGGGAUAUCGUUGUAUUCGCGUCAACGGCCACAAUCGCCGAGAUGCGACCUUGGAGAGCGCCGCGAGUGCUGCUGGAGUCAAAUACGAGGACCUGGCCCUACCGGUAGAGUUAACUUUGUGGGUUGAUCCCAAUGAGGUCUGCUGUCGAUUUGGUGAGAGCAAGGGAUCGUAUUGCACGCUGGCAUCGUUUGAGGACAAGGAGAACGCUAUACCCAUCUUUCAAGAACACACUGAGAACACAAAUAAAGAGAAUAAGGAAGUUUGUGUGGGGCCCAUCAAGAUACAGAAAUCCCCUUUAACCACUAGUACAGAACAACAACAGCCGAAAUCAAAAUUAUUAAGCACUGCUAAUCAAAAUCAACAGCAUAGCAAUAAUGGUACAGGUAGGAAGCGUAAUUUGAAUAGUCCCAGACUGCAUCUGAACAGAAAUCGUUCGUGGUUCGGCCACUCCUUUAGCAUGGGUUAUGGUCCUCAUCCAAUCAGCCAGCCUUGGUACAAUAUAAUGCCUCCGCAUUUCCUCGGUGGUCCUUCUCCGCCGCCCUUUAUGGGACACCGGGGGAAUAAAUGGGUACACCAGUCCUCUUAUCCCGCAGGACCCGCCCGUUUCCACCAUUGGUCUCCCAAAGCUACUCUUAAGGUAUAAAGAAAAUCUCUUUCAGAGAAAACAGUUAGGAAACCUGUUUCUUCCUGAAAAAAAAUUCGAAGGAAAAAAUUAACAAAAUGUAAGUUGGUUUUGUGAAAAAUGCUUAUUAUUAUUACAUCUUGAAAUAUCAUGCUGUGAUUUGCGUUCACGAUUAAAAGAAUUUUAGUUAAAAUAUAUUCUUGGUAUAUGUACGCAGGUAGAAUAUAUGUGUGUGUAGAGUAAAUAUAUAAAUUAUAAAUAUAAAUUUUUAUAUAUUAGAAACAGGUUUGUUAACGCGUUUUACGAAAAUUAUCCAUCCUGUAAUUACAAAUGACCUUGUUCGAAGUAUGACUAAGGCUUACGAUUUUUUAUGACGAGAGAUAUUGCAUUAUUACAUGUUACGUAUAUAUAAUGAUAAAUUGGAGUAAUAGAUGUUUAACUCCGAAUGCAAGGUUGCUUGUAAGGUAGACUAGUGGCAAUUCAAAUAACGUAUAAAUCGACGCAUUAGCGAAAUGCGCGAAAUGGGAGUAGAUGUCAUAUCACAUGACGGUUAUUUCUUCGGUCAAUAACACUAUUCGGAAAAUACACAAUAUAUCAAGGAAUUGAGAGAAUCUAUUGGCUUCUCUAAUUGUAAAUUUAUAAAUUAUACAUUUUUCUAGUUGCACAAAUUUAAAUUUUUUUAGUUAUGUAUGUUGUCAAUCUAAUGAAUUCUUGAAAUUGUAUAAUCAAAUUGACAAUGUGAAAUUAUUUUAUUGUGCGCUAAUAGUCCAAUAAUAAUGGGAAAAAAACGAAAAUAAUUUCGAAAAUUUUGAAACUUGGUAUAGACAUCAUUUUCUUGGACGAGAGGGAAGUAUAAAAUAAAAUAUACUUUAUUUAUUUAUCACUUUGUAUAUGACUAAGGCUGCGUUCGGAAACAUCACCCGUGUGCACACGAGUGUCGUUCUAUCUUUGUUAUUUAUUAAAAGUUGAACAAAGAUAGAACGAUGUUCGGGUGCUGUUUCCGAACGUACCGUAAGCGAUAUGAGGGCUUUUCGAAGGCUCGUGCCUGAUAAGAUCAGACAAGGACGACGUUGUGACUAUAUGAUAUAAAGACCGUACAUGUGGCGUGAUUAAUUAAAGUAUGUUUUAUUUUAUAUGGAAAAAUCAAUUUUUUUCGUGCAUGUCGAAAGCAGAUGAAUUUUAGAGCUUUAUUUUUCAUCUAAAAAAUGUCCGUACCAAAUUUCAAGAUUCUCAAAAUUAAUUCUGUUUUCCAUCCUAUUAUAGUCUAAUUUGAAUUGGACUAUAAAUAACCAGUUUUGUUCUGAUAUGACUAAUAUUUGCUAUAGUAUAUUUUAUUUGCAUAUCAAUAAUACAUUAUGGUAAAGAAUGUGGGAAAUGUUAAGUUACCUUAUAUUUUGUGUAUAUAUAUAUAUUACAAAUAAUUGUUAUUAGUGAUAAAUGUGAUUUCGAUAAAAUCUUGACAUAUUCUGAUUUAUUAAUCCGAUGUUAUAUACAUAUAUAUAUAUAUGUUAUUAUAUUGUCUAACAAAAUGUGAGAACAAAUUUGUUCUACUUUUUCGUGUAUCGGAGGGUAGCAACGCGAAUGCAUUCUACUAAUUUUCGUACUUGAAAAAAAAAAUAAA